GGGACAGAGGAAGCCAGGGAGUACGUGGGGAGAAAGGAGAUAAAGGUACACAGGGACCGUCAGGAUACCGAGGACCACCGGGACAAAAGGGAGAGUUGGGACAACCUGGAGACAAGGGAGAAAGAGGAUACCGAGGAUUACAAGGAGACAAGGGAGAGGCUGGAUCCCAAGGACCGCGGGGCCCUGCUGGUCUAGAUGCCUCACCUGGAUCCCCAGGAGAACCAGGAUUUGAAGGACCAUCAGGAGAACAUGGAGAUCCAGGCCCACAAGGUCCACGUGGUUUGACUGGGAGAAACGGUUUACAUGGAUACCCUGGGGCAGUUGGACGGCCGGGAACACCUGGUAAACCAGGAAUACCAGGAGAGAAUGGAGAGAAGGGAGAUCAUGGAACUUGUG